AUGUCCUCGACGACUGACGAAACGUGCGAAACGAUGCUGACCUACUCGGAAUCGGUGCCUCUCCGCGCGUCGCUCAUUUUCAACUGGCUCAUUCUGAUCCCCUCGUUCCCCGUCAUUGGCUAUUCGCUCCAUCACUUUUUGAGCCGACGCAUAUUCCACAAAAACACUCAGACUCAGAUCGUCGUUCAUUUGAGCGCACUUCUCGUUCACUGCUCCGGACGGUGAGCUUAAAGGCCGCAAAUAAUCCGAAAAUCCACGUCCAAGAAGCCUGCAAAAUUUGGGUCCGAGUCGGCGUUUUGCCCAACUUCGGGAUUUUGAAUAAAAAUGAAAAAAGUUCCGAAUUUCCAGAUUUGUCCUCCACUCACUCGAUCUCCUCAACUAUUUCAAGCCGUACAGGGAUGGCUGCAACAUUUUACCCGAUUUUUAUCGGUUAGCCUUCAUUUACCCUGUCAAAAUUGAUAGUCGAUGUCUAAGCCACGUGGCUUUACUAGGGAAUGAUCAACAAUUUUUAAAAAUUGGCAGGGACGCCUUGACGGUCAUGGGUAUGCGGCAAUUUUUAAAAAUUGGCAUGGACCCUUGACGGUCAUGGGUACGCGGCAAUUUUUAAAAAUUGGCAUGCACCCUUGACGAUCAUGGUAAACUACGGUAAAGUACAUACUUUUCCAGUUGUCUCAUUCUCCGCUUCCUGUACAACGCCGGUCAGGCAGUGAUCUCGAUGACGCCCAUCUCGGUCACGUUGGAAAGAUUCAUCGCCGUGGAAUACAGCAAAGGAUACGAGAGCUGUCCGUUCGGUUACGGUCUCUUCCUGGCCUUUUUGCAGUUGUUCCUAGCCACCGCGUUCCUUUUGACCCGAUACGUCCACGCCGCGUUCGUUCCCUCCUCGUUCACCUUCUACUAUUGUCAAGUGAGGUUUCGGUGAAAACUUCCCCUUUUGUUAGUUUUUUGCCUUUCAGACAUUGGUGUCUGGCUCGAUAUCGACUGCGGAGACGGUCAUUCCGCUCUACCUAGUUGUCAUUUCACAAAUUCUCUCAAUGAUAGCUUUUAGAGGUCUUGAGACGCGCAAUAAAGUGAGUUUUUGGACCUUGAACUUCAAUCUAAACCCAUUUUUUCAAUCUUCCAGAAGCUUCGAGCUGUCUCUGACAUCAAUCUGAGCACCAGGUUCACUUUGGAUCAAGGAGUUCGGUUUGUAAUCUCGUGGAAUUCCACAAAUACUAAACUUCCAGAUCGUUCUCCGCACUCAAGUACUUUAUCAAUUUCAACUGUAUUAUGGUAUCACUUGUGACUUUCGGGCUAUCCACUCUUCACUUUUUCACCUCCUACUUCACCAAACCAACCUACAUGGCAAUCGUUGAGAGUAAGCACUUGCACACAAAUGAAGCUUUUGCGACGUUCACCAAACGUUUUAUCCUCAGUCUGUGCAUUUUUGCACGCCGGUGUUGUUCUGCGUACAGUGCAUUUUGUGUUACUCGCAAAGUUAUUUUUUUUUAAGUUUUUGAUGAAUUUUCUCCAAAUAUUCAUCUCUUUAAAGCGUUUUUCACUACUUUCUACCUCAAUUAGACCUUUUUACAGAUUCCAGGUGAAGUAAUACGCGAAGAGAAGUCGAUGCGAUGAAAAGAAACGCGUAAGUAAGUGAAAGUAAGGUUUUAUUCAGAAAAUGCACGAUUUCUCGAAAAACGUGACUAGAUUUUCUAAUCUUUUGGUUAAAAAACUUUACUUACAUUUCUGAGAAUGGUUUCGAACCAGAGAGAAGUAGGGUGACAGCUCGCUUUUGCGGAAAAACCGAUAGUUUUCCGGAAGACAGUGAAAUUUCGUUGAAAAAAUUUUUUUUUGCUUCUACGAACUGUCACUCUACUUUUUUUUGGUUCGAAAACAUUCACAGUCAUGUAAGUCAACUAUUUAAACAAAAAAAUUAGAAAAUCUAGAGACGGUUUUUGAGAAAAAUUUUUUUUUCAACGAAAUGUCACUGUUUUCCGGCAAAAGACCAAUUUUUACGCGAAAGCGAGCUGUCACUCUACUUUUUUUUAUUUGAAAACAUUCACAGUCAUGUUAGUGAACUUUUUAAAUCAAAAGAUUAGUAAAUCUAUAGACGUUUUUCGAGAAAUCGUAUAUUUUCUGAAUAAAACAUUACUUUCAUUUACUUACGCGUUUCUUUUCAUCGCAUCGACUUUUCUUCGCGUAUUACUUCACCUGGAAUCUGUAAAAAGGUCUAAUUGAGGUAGAAAGCAGAGAAAAACGCUUUAAAGAGAUGAAUAUUUGGAGAAAAUUCAUCAACAACUAAAAAAAUGAACUUUGUGCGUAACAUAAAAUGCACUGUACGCAGAGCCACACCGACGCGCAAAAAUGCAUACCAUUUGGCAGCGUAUGUUGCGAAAGCCGCGCCGUGGAAGAUCAUUGUACUCCUUUUGAUUUUAGUGACACACGCGAUUCCCCUCUACGGAAUAUCGGUUUGUGUGGGCGUCUGGUGGCAAAUGAGGUCGUUGAACGGCGAGCAGCGAAGGAACAUCACGAUGGCGAUGCGCGGGCACGCGAUGCACACCGAUCUCUACUUUGAGAUGUUCGCAAAACAACUGGCCACCUAA